CGGCCAGUAUAACAUCUCGACCCAAGAUUCGAGCGUGCUAUCAACCUAACCUACAAUGAACUGUAAAUUUAAUUUAAUUCUACUUAUUAUUGGAAUUCUAAGUCGUGUGUGCUUAGCUACAGAAAGGACAAAAGAUGGAAAAUUAAAAUUAGUCAUAGACAACGAUGCCGGUGGAGAUGACGCUAUGGCUAUAUUCGUAGCUCUUUUAUAUGAAAAAUACUAUGACGGUCCGCAAUUGGUAGCGCUUACUACUGGUAACGGAAAUACAUUAGAACAUAAUGUAUGCAGAAAUAACCAAAGAAUUUUAAAAGUUGCUAACAGACAAAAUGUGCCUAUAUACAGAGGUUGUAAAUCUUCCAUAGUGAAUACUGACGUAGCUAAUUUCUAUUACGGUAUGGAUGGUUUAGGGGAUACCGGUGAAACUAUUCCAGAAUUAACUCCAGCUGAGGAACAAAAUGCAGUUUUACGUCUUAUCGAAUUGUCGAAAAUACACGAAGGUGAGCUGGUUAUUGUAACAGUUGGAACCCUAACAAACGUUGCCUUGGCUAUGAAACUAGAUCCUGCUUUUAUAAGUAGACUGGCUCAUUUGUAUGUUGCUGCUGGACAUAUUUACAGCGAUCAAGAAUCUUUGCCCGAAUUCAAUGCCAAAAUGGACCCUGAAGCUUACCACAUAAUGGCCCAAAAUGCUAGACCUGAUAAAAUUACAGUCGUUCCGUUUUCGCAAACAAAGAUUUACUUAAAUAUCAGUAAGGUAAGGAGAACUUAUUAUGGCCUGGCCUUUUUUUGUUUAUUAUCGGCCAGAGACGUAUAGCACAAGAGUGUUUAGUUUUGGGACUAUUUGGGUAAAGUACGUGAGUACCUACAUAAAUGGUGACAGAAGCGGAACUCUUCAAGCAUAAACAAAGAUUUUUCAUAUAGUUCACGAAAACCUUUUAUAAUUUUUUAGAGUUGGAGAAAUGAUGUCCUAGGUCGAAUCGAUAACGAAAUCGUAAGGGAACAAAACAAAUAUGAGAAGAUUUCUCUUGGAAGACCUGGUGGUCAAUGGACGGCUUUGGACCCAGCAGCAGUAUCAGCAGCUAUUAAACCAGAAUUAGUUAAAGAGUAUAAGUACUCGCAAAAUGAUAUCAUACUUUGUGGUGAAUAUAAAGGCAUAAACACUAAUAAAUUUGUGGAAAAGGAAGAAGCUAAUGUUAGAGUUAUCUAUUCAUUUCACGAGGAAGAUUAUAAAAAAUUCUUACUAGACCUCUUCAGCCGUACCGAAUAAAUAAAUUAAUAAUAAAAUGUCACAUAUAUUUUCUAGAUUGUUUUAUUACAUAAACGAAAUUACACGUAGGUAUAUCAUUUAUACAUUUUACAUACAUUGAAGCAGAAUCGCAAAAUAUAUUGAAACUUGCAAAACCUGAUUACUCCAAUAAAAUCGAUUAACGCAGUGGUAUUAUAAACUAUUAAUAAGGAUAUAA